GUUCUCCCGUAAUCCCAUCGAAGAAGCACAUAAGAAAGGAUCGCCGGAAAAACGGUGCUCAUUGCUCUUGUGUUCGGUCUGCGACACUUAGUCGUGAUAAAAGCCUGUUGAAAAAUUUCGUAGUGAAGCUGUCGCAUCGAUAUUCGGUGGAGGUUUCGCCGCUCAUUGGAUCGAGAAAGUUUCUACCGUGGCGACAGGGGCGAUGCGCCCGAAACGAUGAUGAUUGCUCCUGGGCCGAGCCUUGUGCUCAGCUUCUCCGCCGUGCUCUUGCUUCAAUCCUUUCCGGAGUCUGCAGGGGGUCAUACAAUCAAUUGCCAAGAGGUGCUCAUGGGUCAGUUUUUCUGUCCCGAGCCCAAAAUCGACGCAGCCACUCAGCAGAUUGUUGGCUGCACACGUAACAAUUCAGCUGAGCUGAUAUGUUAUUUGGCCAAAGAUAUCCACUGCCGUGAGGGCACUGGGAUGAACAAAACCCACUUCAAACGUUCCGUUCCUUGCGAAUGGACCAAUGGGUACUCGUUCGAAAUAACGCUCAUACUUUCCGUGUUCCUGGGCAUGUUCGGCGUCGAUCGACUCUACCUGGGCUAUCCCGGGUUGGCCUUGGCCAAGUUCUGCACCCUCGGCGGCAUGUUCCUGUGGCAGCUCAUCGAUAUCAUUCUCAUCGCAAUGCAGGUAGUGCGUCCUGCAGAUGAUUCGCAGUACGUGGUCGCGCACUUCGGCCAGCGUCUGAUCCGGCUAGUAUUUAAUAACGAAACUCAAGUCGUUGCACAAGACGAUUGGUGAGCGGAGCCCGGUCGAUAGUACCGUUCAUCAUGUACGAGCCUUCCCGCCCUGGCGUCGCGUUUCCGGCUGGCCGGCAAGAGCGGUCGAUUCUAGGACUCGCUAGGGCCGAGAUCCCGUCUUGGAGCGGAGUGAGGAUCCUACGGCGGUCGAUCCGACGGAGCGAUUCCCCGCCAUGCAUGAAUCACGGGAAUAUUUGAGCAACGAACUGUACAAUGAUUGUUGGAAGAGGAUUGAGGGUUUUUGUAAAGAACGAUUCUUCGAUCGACGUUUCGCGCAGAUAUCCGUCGGUGUCAAUCUGUGAUCUCCUUAUACUUAGGCAGCGAGUUCCAAGAUGUUCCGAAGCUCCCUGGUGAAUACUUUGAAUGAUUGAUCGACUCGGACGAACUCCAUCAAGGUCUAGAGUGUUCCUGGAGCUGGCUACAGGCUGCUUAGACUGUUAUAGGCUCUCUAGCUCAGAGGAAGACCAGCUUCCAUGGGCUACGAACGCAGGCUGAAACAACCGGAGAAUCCGAGAGUCGAUCCCUGUGGGAGAAAGCUCUUUUCGGUCUCGAAUGUGCCGCGGGGGAUGAGUAUAUCAUACUGAGGUCGGGUUGAUUUUCGACUGAAACGGGAACCUCACUGAUAAGACGAGCUCCUGCCUUAUAAUGGCUUCGAUCAUCAGUGAAGUCAGUCAGUCAGAAUCAUGACGCGACGGUGAGCUUCUUCGGAGGCGGACCCCUUCUUUAAGAUGAUGCGCUUGAUAUCCCAUGUUCGGGAGAUGAGUCGGCCCUAGUGAUCGAAGCCUACGAGAAGACUCGGAUCCAAUCCCAAAGUCCCAGAGUCGCACCAACAGCCGGGAGAUUCGAUACAAGCAAGGACGCUCGCGACCCGAUCCCCGCUUCGUCAGAUUUCCCGAGCGAAUUGUAUAAUAAUAGUUGAACCGAGGGAAUGGGACUGAAUGCGGUUGGAAUAAAGUCAGGGGUCAUCUCUCGCUGAAGAAACA